AAUCCCUCAAACUGGAGGAGGGGCUUGCUUUGCUUGCUGGACCUUCCCCGAUGCUGGUGAUAUCGAUCGCAUCAUCCACUUGCCAAUCUUCUCCUUUAUCUAUGUAACUGCUUGUUACUUAUCAUUUCCCCGUGAUCUAUCCCUUUCUAUGACUGUCCGACAGUGAUUGUUUUUUGAUACACCCGGCAAUUCGUUUCGAGAAAGCUCGGAUCAACUAUUAUAUCACUCCCGCCUUUAACACAUUCCAUCUACUUAUCUGUCCCCCUUUCCUUUCGGCUGCUCCUGAAGUUGAUCCUCCCCAGCACAUAUUCCGAUCGGAAGAAGCCGUUUCCCGAUAAUAACAUCGCUACAGAAGAGCAGAUAUCUAUUCCUUAGCGCCUUCUUCCCCGACCGCUGGGAAUCUCUUCUUCGCCGUCGAUCAGCGGUCGCUUCUUCCGACGACGGCACCCAUAUCGAAAUCCGAACAGUUAUCUUUCCGUCUUUUCCAUCGUGCUUGAGAUGAUGGCGGCAGCGCUUGAUCAACCCCUUUUUGAAUCUGUCGCGGUUCCUGCGACGACCGCCGCCUCGAUCACUCCCCCUCAUAGCGCCAACGGCAAGAAAGAAGUUCCAGAUGGUGUUCCUUCUGAAUUGUCGGAUCUGGAACUCGAUCCUCAUGCUACUGGUGCGCCAGAGACCGCAUCGGUAGAGGAAGAAGAGGAAGACAUCGAACCAGACCACUAUUAUGGCGGGGGCAAGAUCCCUGUGUUCAAACCGACUAUGGAUCAAUUUCGGGACUUCCAAUCUUUCAUCAACAAGGUCGAGAAAUAUGGCAUGCGGUCUGGAAUUUUGAAGGUUGUUCCUCCAAAGGAAUGGACCGACUCCCUUCCAGCCCUCGACGAAGCCGUCAAGAAGAUUCGUGUGAAGAAUCCGAUCAUGCAGGAAUUCCACGGAUCACAUGGAACUUACACCCAGGCGAACAUCGAGCGACAAAGAUCAUACAACCUCCCUCAGUGGAAAGGGUUGUGCGAAGAAAGUAGCCAUCAGCCUCCUGCCCGCAGAGGUGAGAGGCGCCGCAACCAGGAGCGAGUCACUCGUGCUCCCCCCUCCGCCCGAACUCAAACGGCCCGAUCUGAUUCUCAAAAACGUCGCCCGGGACCGGGACGUCCACCCAAACGAUCCAACCAGGUGAAGGUGAAGGAAGAGCCUGCGGAAGAUUCCCUUGAUAAGAUCAAGCCCGAAGGCCCUCCCACGCCUGUGUCUCCUGAAUCCAACCCGGUCGAGGCGAAGACGGAAGAGCUGAGCGACGGCGAGUCUCUUCCCACUACCAAGCCGAAAGGACGGCAACCUAAAUCGGUCACCUCGCGAAGAAAACACAAUAAAGGCGAUGCGAUUGACUAUGUGGACGAGGAGGCUUUCAGAGACUUUGAUUAUCGCAUCCACGACCACGAGGAAUAUACGCAGGAACGAUGUGAGGAAUUAGAAACCGCCUACUGGAAGUCCUUGAUGUUUAACAAUCCGAUGUAUGGCGCGGAUAUGCCUGGUUCUCUUUUCGACGAGAACAUCACAACCUCAUGGAACGUCGCCAAGUUACCCAAUCUGUUGGAUGUCUUGGGGCAGAAAGUGCCUGGUGUCAACACCGCAUACCUCUACCUGGGGAUGUGGAAAGCUACUUUUGCCUGGCAUUUGGAAGAUGUUGAUCUGUACAGUAUCAACUAUAUCCAUUUUGGUGCCCCCAAACAGUGGUAUAGCAUUUCACAAGAAGAUGCUCCUCGGUUUGAACAGGCUAUGAAGAGUAUCUGGCCCAGCGACGCGAAAAACUGUGAUCAGUUCCUCCGCCAUAAGACCUAUCUUGUUUCUCCUAGUCUCCUCAAGUCUCAGUACGGUAUCACCGUCAACAGGCUCGUCCACUAUGAGGGCGAGUUUGUGAUCACAUACCCGUACGGAUAUCACUCGGGAUACAAUCUUGGUUACAACUGCGCCGAGUCGGUCAACUUUGCGACUGAGAAGUGGUUGGAUUACGGUCGUGUUGCCAAGAAGUGCCACUGCGAAUCUGACAGCGUCUGGAUCGAUGUCGAUGAGAUUGAGCGUAAGCUGCGCGGCGAAUCGACGCCGGAAUACUUCGGUGAAUUCGAAAGUGACCUCGAUGAAUUCGAGGGUGCUUCCGACCUCCUCACCCCACCACGGAGUGUCCCAGAAAAGAGUAACCGUGGCCGGAAACGAAAGCAUGACGGCGAUUCUACAAAGGCGAAACGCAUGCGAGUCAAUGUCGAGGUCCCUCGGAAGAUUCCGUGCGUACUGUGCCCCAACAACCUGGAUUAUGAGGACCUACUACCCACCGAAGAUGGGAAGAAUCACGCCCAUCGGCGCUGUGCCCUAUACACUGAAGAGACCAGUAUCCUGCGUGACGAGACUGGCAAGGAGGUGGUGUGUGACAUUGACAAGAUCCCGAAGGCUCGCAUGGGGCUCAAAUGCCUCUUUUGCCGCGAGGUGCGAGGAGCUUGUUUCCAGUGCAAUUUCGGCAAAUGUACGCGAUCAUACCAUGCCACCUGUGCACUUUUAGCCGGAGUGCAGGUGGAGCAGGGUGAGAUCGCUGUGAUCGCGGAUGACGGCAAUCAUUACUCCAUCCCCAGUGUGGACCUCAAAUGCAAAUACCACCGACAGAAGAAGCCAAGCUGGAUGACGGGCGGCGAUUCUCCCGAUUAUGACCGCAAGCUGAUCGAGACGGCCCGCCGGAUGGUGGCAGGAGAUUUGGUGCAAUUCCAGGCCGACAAGGAGAUCAAUGGGGCAGUGGUGCUGGAGAACCGACCAGCGGAACGCACGUUGCUAGUCAAAGUGCUCCCACGCGGAGAUGUAAUUGAGUUACCGUACCGGUGGAUGCUUGUGGUACGGCGGAGCAACUUCUCGCCUCUGGCACCAGGAACAAAACCACUCCCUGCCCACUUAGCCCGAAAACCCGAGGGACGGAAAGAGUUGGAAUCGGCCCUGCCGGUGGUUGGCAAUCCAUUUGGCGAUGGGCGAUCUCCGUAUCAGUGGGCCGAGUUCGAGACGGUCGACACGACUAAUCACCGCUUUGCCCCACCACCAGUGCAGGUCAACUUGAACAAAGGUGACCAGGUCUGGUAUUAUUUGGGCCAGUCAUCGACCGAAUGUAGGGCUCAAUAUACGCACAACCCUAGCGUGCCCGUCCACAACCCGCGGUCGAAUUUCCUGGACAGCGUGAAGUCCCUUGGCGCCGUGAUGGCCCGGCUCCCCUCUUACCCCCACCGCCAUCUUCCUCAGUAUGCUGCUGCCCCUCCUCAUCACCUUUCACCUGCUGGUGCUGCUGCCACCGCCACCGCCGCCGCUGCUGCCUCCCGCCCUUCCCUCCUGCAGCGACCGACUCUUGCCCCUCCUCCUCGCACUCCUUCCUCUGCUGCUCCUCCUGCUAGUACUGCGAUGCCGUCAGCCUAUCGCUCCCUGCCCACUCAAUCUGCCCGCCAUGCUCCGUACCCUCAGAUCGCCAAGACCCAUCAUCAAUCACACCAACUGUCUCAGCAGCAACGCAGUCCGCAACAACAACAACAGCAGCAGCAGCAGCAGCACAGCCACCAUCUCCCCGCGAAUACCUUUGCCAAUGUCCGGGAGCUUAUUGCUCGUCGCCGCCUGGCCCAGAUCACCGACCAUGCCAAUGUCUUCGCCGGGUAUACGAUUGUCAGCCCGGAGCUAGUCGUUGAGACGCUUCUGGGUCCCAUGGGCUCCGUGCCGCCGCCCAGUGGUCUCGAGAAGCUGGAACUCGCCAUGGCCCAACAACGGGUCCAACCUCGCGCCCCGGACGGAACCUUGUUACCCUUGCAGCCACUCAAUAUGCGUUCCGAAGAGGUGACCCGGUUGUUGCAGAUGCUCCGGUUCUCCCUUGUCAGUCACCGCGAUCGGCUCGAUGUGCUUCAGAAGAAGGAGACGGAAAAUAAUAAGCAGGAGAGUGCCCACAAAGGCGGUAUUGCAGCUGUCAAAUUGCCUCGCAAGUUUGCGUACCUGGAGCAGCAGCGUGAACAGUCGCCGACCGUCUAUCAGUCCCCGUACGACAUGCCUUCUGGUUUUACCGAGUAUGCCCAGAAGACGUUCGGGCUGACUCCAUCCGAGCCGGAGCUCCCUAAACCAUCGCUGGCCAACGACUACUUCGCCAGUCUCUCCCCGGAGGACCAGGAAAAGAUUCUGAAGACCUGUGGCAGUUUUGUACAACGGGCUAUCGAGCGGUCCACAAGUCACAGCCGUCAGAGCUCCGCUUCGAACUUCCGACUCGCAUCGGCACUAGCCCAGCAAACCGAGAAUCCCACGAUAGACAUAACAACCGUCGAGGACAUGCCAUUGUCAGGUCUGGAUUUCCCGCUCCACGCGGACUCUCCGUGCUCCAGUUUCAGCCGGACGCACCUGCGCUUCCAAUCACCGAACGAUUUCAACGCCCACGGACCAGAAACGCAUCACGACCAUCAUGACCUCUUUGGCGACCAGCAGGCCAACACACGGUUCUGGCAGCAUGGCCCCUGGGCUGCAGGCGAUGGAAACACGCCCAACGAAGAAACUCGGCCGUUUUUUGGACCUCACGAGCGGUUGAAGCACGACUAUGCCUCAUCUGACAUCUCCUUGGGUCGAGGUCCCGGUUCUUUGCACUCUGUCGAUAUGGCUGGGUUUGGAAUGGACGCCACGGACGAUCUUUGCAACGUUCUUAGUCCUUGAAUCGGGCCACCCUCCUCGACUUUGUGUGUGUACUUGCAUACCGGUAUAACAGCAUCAUCUCCAUGUAACGAUUUGAUUGACGACUGCAUGAUUGGGCGUUUUUAGCUUUUGUGUUUUCAU